AUGUUAUCUUCCUGGUCUACCCAGACCAUCGCGGGAACGGGGCCGGCAGCCAAGGUGGACAAACAGACCAUGGAUUUGAUGCCGUACCUGAAGCGGCCCCUAUUCCGCACUUUGCAACAGAUAAACGCAUACGGAGCGGGAGCUGGUAGUCAGAUAAGGAUGCAAGAAGAAGAUGCAGAUUACGGCGUCCAGCUACGCGCGGCCGGAAGCCUGGAUGAGGCCGGGGCCAUCGUUGCGGCCGCGUUAGGGAAGAAAUUGGCGCGCGCCCUGUCCGUUCCCGAGGAAAACAUCGAUAUCAUGAGGCCGGCCCACUCUUACGGAGUUGACUCAUUAGCUGCUGCGGAGCUGCGGUUCUGGUUUUCUAAUGAGAUGAAGUCGGACAUUUCCUCGCCGCAAACAUCGAACGACGUCGCCACGCCACUAGUUGUGCUGAUGAUGUACCCACCAAUGGGAAUAUCCGACGUCGGCAUUCUUGAGCUUCUCGAUUCUGAUCCCAGACCGACCUUCGUCGUCGCGAUUGCUCCGGCACAGUCGCCGCAGCCAAUCUAUGCGAACCCCGCCUUACGCCAAAAAACCUCCCUACACGCGCGACUCGUCGAGUUAUCCCAGUCGCGCCAUGGAUCUUUUUGGGACUGGGUGACUGCUCCUACCCCCGGUAGUUCGACCCUAAACCACACCUCCCUUUUCGAGAGUAUAAUCUGGACGCGGUCGAUAGUCAGCAAUAAAUGGGCUGUUAUUGGUGGUAAUCAUGGAUUGACGUCGGAAGAAGACUUCCAUGGCGGGAGGGCCUCGCAUAGCCACGGAAAUAGUAACAAUAUCCUACACGAUAGCGCCUUAUCCGUGGCUUCAGAUGAUGGAGAUUAUGGUUGGACACCUCCAGAUUUCAUGCUAGAUCAAGAGUCCUUUGUUCAUGUAAUCAACACUCUGGACUGGGCGGCCACGCCUCUCGGCCCGCUGUCCCUCUGGCCUCCUCUCCUUCAGCAAACCUUCAACCAGGUUCUUGCUGAUUCAAGACCCAUUGUUAUCUACUGGGGUGACAAGUUGACGACUCUAUACAACGAAGCAUUCAGCCAGCUGUGUGGCUCUAAACAUCCUGCUUUAUUGGGGAAGUCGGUAGAAGACGCUUGGCCUGAUUUCUGCGAAAAGAUAAAAUUAGCAAUGUCCUCGAUGGCCUCAAAGCAGCGUACGGGCAAUGAGGACGAAUGGCGGUUCUUUGUAGAGAAAGUAGAUGGGAGUUCUGAAGAGAAGUAUCUUAAGUGGUCUAUGAUACCUAUCAUCGAGAAGAACAAGUGCCUUGGUUUUAUCCAGCCUAUCCAAGACACAACUUCUAUGCGACUCUGGGAGAGACGUAUGCAAAUGCUGAUUGAUUUAGGCGACACUUUGGUCACUGCCCGUGACGUUAAGUCCUACUGGGCUAAACUCAUCCAAGAACUCGAGGCGUGCCAGCCGACCUACGAUAUCCCUCUUGCUAUCCUCUACUCGGUUAAAGAAGACCCGGCGUCGUCUGCAGGAAAAGCUGGUCGACUAGAAGGCUGUUUAGGUAUUCCGCAGGGCCAUCCUAUAGCCCCCCCGAAGUUACAGCUAGAUGGAAGUGAUCUAGGUUUGUCUUUAUCUUUUAGAGAGGCUCUCGAAUCGCAGACCCCAAUACUUUUGCAAAUCAAGAAUGGAACAUUGCCAGAGUUGCUGCUCAAGGGUCUACAAUGGCGUGGUUUCAAAGACCCUUGCCACGAGGCUAUCAUUUGCCCUAUACGGCCAACAAAAGAUGAGCAUGUGCUAGGCUUGCUCUUACUUGGGCUCAAUCCUCGUCGGCCGUACGACAAUGACUACCAACAAUAUAUCUCCUUGCUAGGGCAGAAACUAACUACAACUCUGGCGUCUACCGUACUUCUAGAAGAAGAAGCACGAAGGGGUCGCAAUAUCGCGGAGCAAGCCGCAUAUGACCAGGCGAUGCUCGCAAUGCAGACGAAAGAAGCUACAGAGUCUGUCCAAAAGUUUCAGCAGAUCGCUGAAUUCAUCCCAGUUGGAAUGUGUUUCGGUAACCAUCGUGGCAACAUUACAUUUGCUAAUGAUGCCUGGCAUCGGAUCACUGGCGCCCCUCAAGUAAAUCCACUUACACCUGAGGGUUUCUUGUCCUGCGUCAUCGAGGAAGAUAAGCCUAAUGUACAGCGGGCAUACGAAGAACUUCAACGAACUCUUACUGUGACUAUUGAGUUAAGAGUUCGACGGCCGGUGGAGGAUACUUAUCCCCUUCAGUAUCCCAUUGGAAGCUCUCCUAGUUUUGAGAAAGCCGGGUUGGACCUUGAUGCGGAGGAUGGGAGUGUCCGGCACGUUCUGGCUUCCUUGAAAGCUGAACGGGGUCCUAAUGGCAACAUUAAUCAGGUUUUGGCAUGUUUGACAGAUGUGACUUUACAUAAAAAGGCCGCCGAAGAAGCAAUUCGCAAGGCCCAACAGGCAGAAAACCUCAAGCGGAUGGCGCAACUCGCCACGGUGGGGAUGUAUGACAUGGCUCUCGAUGGCCGGUUGAUCGGAGCCAACAAUGUGUUCUACGAAAUGUGCGGCCUGGAGAGAGUGGACCUCUCCCAAGUGUCAGUUAAGCCAUUCGAAUUUUGUGUCGUCGAUGAGGAUAUACCAGUCCUAAAGAAGACGCUUGCCACCCUCGUUAAAGAAUGCAAGUCGCAGACUGCCGAACUUCGGUUAAAGACAUUGUGGACUGAAACAGACACUACUGGCGAACAGAUUACUGCACCGCGUUGGGUCCUUGCUACCUUUAUGCCAGUGAGUAACUCGGAGGGGGCAAUUCAAACUUUUACAGGCUGUCUGAGUGAUGUUUCAUUACAAAAAUGGCAAUUCGAAAAGGAGCGACAGCGGAAGGACGAGGCGAUCGAAUCAAAGCGACAGCAAGAGAACUUUAUCGACAUGACUUCGCAUGAGAUGCGUAACCCUCUAAGUGCCAUCGUUCAAUGUGCCGAUGCAGUCAUCGGGUGCCUUACCAAGGCCCAAGAAUUGAUCGAUUCAAUGUCUGUGAAGCCUGAUCAAAACGGCGUGUUGAACACUGCCACAACCAAUACCCCGGGCCGCAUCUGGAAGGAAGGUUCCCAGUUAGUAAAAGACAGCAUAGACAACGCAGAGACAAUAAUCGCUUGUGCUCAGCAUCAAAAACGAAUUGUCGAUGACAUCUUGACAAUGUCUAAGCUGGACUCGAAUCUUUUAUCUAUUACUCCGAUUACGGUUAAUCCUAUCCACAUUGCGCAAGAGGCUUUCAAGAUGUUCGAGGUGGAAGCUCGUAGAGUUGACAUCGAUUUGACCAUGGUGGUUGACCAAUCUUAUAAUAAGCUCAAUAUCGAGUUUCUGGAUUUAGAUCCUUCUCGACUGAAACAAGUUCUUAUUAACCUUCUCACAAACGCCUUGAAAUUCACGAAGAAUGGACCGACGAGAAAUGUUUCGAUUACGAUGAGCGCUUCCAAGACCCGUCCCGAGGAUCGUGCCUCUUCGGUACAAUUCAUCCCACGCGCACUGGAAACGAUAUGGCAAGGUGAUAGGCCAUCUUCGCCAAUACCUGUGGAGAACAGGAUCUAUCUCAUGUUCGAAGUCAAAGAUACAGGACAAGGACUCACCGAAGAAGAGAAGUCUUCUCUAUUCCAACGCUUCGUCCAGGCCAAUUCGAAAACCCAUGUGAAAUAUGGAGGUUCGGGGCUCGGACUGUUUAUUAGCCGCAGGCUCACCGAGAUGCAGAAUGGCGCUAUCGGAGUAGCAUCUAGUCCCGGUCAAGGUUCGACCUUUGCAUUCUACAUUGAAGCUCAGGUGCCGAAUGAAGAGGCAUUCAGAGAGGCUCGGGCAGCUGCGGAGGCUGUCGGCCACAUCCUAAAGACAACAAGCAGCGCCGCUGGCAAAGCAUCAAACAGGGGUCCGUUUACUAUGACAAAGCCGGGCAAGAGGCUACUCACACCACAGAUAGAAGGUGUCCUCCUAGUCGAAGAUAACCUUAUCAACCAACAGAUCACCCGUCGUGACCUUCAGAAUAGUGGAUGUUCGGUCGAGGUGGCCAAUCACGGAGUUGAGGCCCUGCAGAAACUUGAGCACACGAACCGUGCGGAUGGGCAAUUCCCACUUAGCCUUAUCUUGAUGGACAUUGAGAUGCCGGUACAAGACGGUCUCACCUGCACGCGCAAAAUCAGAGAGCUGGAGAAGACGGGUUAUUUUAAGGGGCCACGGAUACCUAUCAUCGCGGUCAGUGCCAAUGCGCGCAUGGAGCAGAUAUUAGAGGCCAAAGCCGCCGGAUGUGACGACGUAUUGGUGAAGCCAUUUCGGAUUCCCGAGUUGAUCGAGAAGAUGAUGACCGUAACAAAACAGCUUGAAAGGUUUGGAUGA